AUGCUUAGCCCUUCUCUCAUGAUGGUGUCCUACAUCUGCCUGAAACGACUCAGUAUUGCGAUCAAUAUUUUACUGGCGAUUUUUGGAAGCAUUUUACUGCUAUUCGGGAUAGCUGCCAGUAAUUUUACAGAUGAAGCGGAUGAGACUGGGAAUGAUAACACCCUUGGAGUGAUACUUUCCUCUGUUUGUGGAUCAGUCUCCAUAAUGGCGUCUGUUUUCGGAGGCUGCUUUGUUUUUAAAAAGAAGAAAUGGGCCUUAUUCCUGUAUGUCUUUCUCCUGACAAUUGAUUUCUUCAUCAUUCUAUGGAUUGCAAUCCCCAUGGCUAUUCUCCAUCCCCAGCUGCUAGAUUUCAUGAACACAGAAUUCCAAGGACUGAUUCCACUGGACAGAGAAGGACCCAAGUUCCAGGAUAAUAUGAAUAAACUGCAGACACUGGCAGAAUGCUGUGGACUCCUCAGUUACGAAGACUGGAGAAAUUCAGUUCCACAGUCAUGUCAUUGUCCCCCACACUAUGAAGACAAAGCAUCAAAAUGUGUGAACAUAUCGCGGGAGGACACAAGGGUUGGUUUAAUACUCCACUGUGGGGGUAAAAUUUACUGCAGCUUAGUUUGA